UAUUGCCUAUGAUUUGAGCGAGGGAAGGCCAGGAUGUGACAGUUUGAGUAUAUUUGAUCGCGUAUAAGAGAAUUAUAUAAAUUGCGUUAUUGUAUAUAUUACUGUUAUUUGUUUGCACGUUUUGAGUAUGUUAAAGUUUCGAUUAGGAUGCAUUUCACAUUGUGAAGUGAGAUUGACUUCGUAAGGUGGAUGUCUGAUGCAAAGCUCUGGUGAAAACAAUGAAAAAGAAAUCUGCUGUCCAUCUCUGCCUUGUAGGAGGGUUAAUUCUCCUUACGGCUCAAUUAAGCCUUCUUGUGUUACUCCUGUAUCCAUACAAUCAGUACCAUAUACAUUUUCUGAAGGAUGUUGGGGCAUUUGUCAACAUAUCUUCUAAAUUGCAUAUGUCAGUAUUUGUAGUUGACAGUGAAACCUUACAGCACUUUAUAAACCAGAAAAAUGAACACAAAACACAAUGUGUUCUUUGUGAAGCUAGGCAUCCAGCAACAUUUGUUACAUUAUUUAGGGGAUUUAAACAGAGUGUUGAGUUUAUGUCUGUGUUACAAGAAGCUGGAUUCCAUGUUGUUGUCUUACAAAAUACAAAUCCACCAGAAGUACCAUCUGGUAUUUCUAUAAAUGUACCAAUCUGUUACUUGCUCAAGAGAAAUAUUGUGAUACAUCUUGUACUAUUUCAUGAGAGGGAGGGAAAUUACUGGUGGCAUGGUAACCUCCUGAGUGACCCAAGAGCAAUAUCUGAACUCUCAAGUUUUGGCUUGUCACUGCACAGUGCACAAAUGAUGAAGACUGAAGGAGCCUUUGACAAGUUUGAAACAGAAUUGGUUCAUAUGGAUCAUAUUCCUGUUCUAAUACCAAAGGACAUUUCUCGUUUCUUACGUGAUACCAGAAGUUCAAGGUACAUUGAAUGCAAUCACAUAUUGGCAGAUUUAUUUUACCGAUCUCAUGGUAAAGAUACAACACAUGAAGCUUUGAGGUUUGUCCACAGAGCAUGGAAACUGCUGUCAAAAGCCAAGACGCUAUUGGACAAACUUGGAGUCCGAUUUUGGCUAAGCAGUGGCACAUGUCUAGGUUAUUUCCGUCAGUGUGACAUCAUCCCAUACAGUAAAGAUGUAGACAUAGGGAUCUUCAUAACAGACUACAGUGAAAAGAUACUGCCAGAAUUUUUAGAUCAUGGCUUUACAUUGAAGCACUGGUUUGGGAGAGUGAAUGACAGUCUGGAGUUGUCCUUGUCCAGUGGAGAACUUAAGCUGGACAUAUUUUUCUUCUAUGAAGAUGGACAGUUUUUGUGGAAUGGAGGCACACAGGCAAAAUCUGGGAGAAAGUUCAAGUAUGUGUUUCCACGUUUCACUCUCUGCUGGACAGAGUUUCUGGAGCUGAAAGUGAGGGUGCCUUGUGAGACACAGGCUUACAUCGAGGCCAACUAUGGAUCUGAUUGGUUCACUCCAGUAACACGUUGGGACUGGAAAAGUAGUCCAUCAAAUGUGAGAGAGAAUGGGGAGUGGCCAGCAGAGGAUUGGGCUGAAGUAAUGCGAGUAUACAAUUGAUUCUGGUAAUUAUUCCUGAACUUUACGCUUAUUUGUUUGGUUGCUCUCAACCAUUCAAGUAAUUUAAAUGCCUAUUCAUAUUUAUUAGCUUAAUCUUUAUAAUUAUAUAACAUGGGAUGUUGGAAUGCCAGUUCAGUUCUCUAUCAGUUCAAAAAUACAUUUUUUUAAAAUGAGUUAUUUAGUUAGCAUAAAUAUUUUAGCUAAUUAAGUUAAACAAAAGCUUGCUGUAAGUGUUCAGAUAGAAGCCCAGGGCCCUCUAUUUUCAAUCUUUCUAUUAGUUUUCAGCCAGUAUUUAGGUCCAGGAAGAAGAAUUAUUUAUGCCCUUAUGUAAACUAGGCAUUAUAAAGAACCUGUCUCUACCAAAACUAAAUUUCUGUGACAGUUUUUAGAGGCAUUCCGUACCAAAUUAGAAUUUAUCAAGUAGUUCAAAAGAUGAAAUGUGGAUGACUAGACAGAUUGACACAUUUCCUCAUAAGACAUUUGUUGCACUUUUUAUGUGCUUAUGGAUUGUCUAGCAAUUUUAAAUGCUGAGAUAAUUGAUAUGCAUCAUAUGUUGAAUGGAUCAGUAGAAAGUUUAAAAGAAUGUAUGAAUCGUCAUUAAAAUGAUUCCAUUUGCACAAAUUUGGUUGUCAUAUCACUGUGGAAAAUUUUUAAUUGCUGUGUUGUAAAUUUUAUUCAGUCAAGUGCCACCUUAUAUAUCUGGCCAUUGUUUCUUGUUAUAUUAAGGGACAUUGAAUGUGAUUUCAUUGUUAAUUAUUUACAUACUGAACUGAGAAAGAAGUUGUUGACAUCAUACAUCAUUGGUGUUUCAUAUAAAAAACUAUUUCACUGGAGGUAAUCUGUAUUUCAUUGGUAAAUAAAGUGUUGUACUUAUGAAAAUU